AUGCAUGAGUUGACUUCCUCGCUUGACCCGUUAUACUCCUCUGGUGGGAAGGGAUCCAUGCGGUAUUUCUUUCUUCACGGGGGUUACUCUCGGUUACCUUUCCCCGAUGAUGAGGUUUCAGUCGAGGCCAAGGUUCUAGUCUUCAAUGGACAGGGCAAGAUUGUAUUCGACCACAGCACAGAUGAGCCAACCUCUCAGUACCGCUUCAUCAGCCGCGCCUUGGUAUCUGUCGAUGACCGACAAGACGCCUACGUACCCGCUAGAACCUUCGUAGAAACAUUAUUGAAGAACAUUUCCAUUCCCACACUGCUAUUCGCUGAGAUUCCACGGGACCAGGUCAUUGCGGGGGACACCGAGGAGGAUAGCCACGUCCUCGUCACUCUAGGCCGCACCGGCCUCGACCAAGCCUCCUUCCAAGACUAUGAGUACCUGAAAAGCAUGCUCCACAGCUUCGUGCCGCGCUUCGCGACGGUCGUCUCCCAGAUCAGCGACGCGUACCUGCCCGGAGAUGCGCGCAACCUCUCCGACCAGAUCGCCGGCCUGAUGAUGCCUGACCCGUCAGCAGAGGAGACCAAGGAUCUCCGCACGUUCCUCGCGCUCUACGCCAAGCGGUAUGUGCAUGAGGCCUUGGGCGCAGCGGAGAUCCUGAAGCGGUGUCUGAUGCACAUGGUCAAGAUGCCGUUUGAGCUGGAGUCGUCGAUUCGGUAUGGGCUGAUUGUCAAUUGA